AUGGCUCUCGUGAGGGAGAAUGAUCAGCUGGACAAGUUUGUGACAUUUCUCGCGAAACGCGACGGCAUCGACAAGCUGGUGAAGACGUUUCAGUAUGUCUUCAAGCUCGCUCACUGGCAGCUCCUGAGAACAAAUAAAGAUUUGGCCGACCGGGCUCAAAAAUUUGAGAUUGGUUGUGGGCUAAGCCGGAAGGCGUUCCGACUGGGUCGAUUCCUGACCGGUUUCAACAAUCUCCGGACAACUCAGUACUCCGACUGGAAGGUGACAACUCUUUCCGUGGUCGGCAGUGCUGGUGAAAUGGUUUACUUCUUCUUUGAUCACCUCACAUGGAUGUCCAAAGUCGGCCUACUCGAGCCAAAACUAGCCGCCAAGGCCGCAUACAUAUCAGCCUACGGCGAGACCGUUCUCUACCUGUGCUUCAUCUCGCUGGAUAUCAUAAUGAUCAAGAGGGGAAUGGAGCAGGAGAAGCAGCUCCAGGCGAAGCUGAAGGAGCUGCACCGUCGAGCAGAGGCCCUUGCCCUCACAGCAAAGAACAGCCCCCGCCAUGGAAAGAGCAGUGGUGGUGGUGAUGAUGGCACUGACAGCAGCAUGUGUGCGUUCAGUAUUGAUGCGUCGCGGCGAAGCAGCUUUGAGAGUCAGAGUCAUGACUGUGGGAAGAGCAACAGCAGCCAGGGAAGCGAAGGUGAAAACGGCUGGUUGGCAGCAGCUGCACCAGAGGGGAAGGUAGGCCCUCCUGCUGAUGUUCCAGAGGGGAAGGCUGCUGAAAUAGCGGAUGGAGGGCAAGGAAGUCACAAUCUGCCGCUGCUAUGCACGUGCAAAGAGGCUUACAUUGAGGAAUUGAGAAGGCUGGAAGGGGAGGCAAUGAAGAUCAAGAUUGCGCUGAGCUCCAUCAGAAUGGAGAGGCUUAUGCGUGUUCUGAGCAUUGCUGGGCAGUUUGGCGAUCUCCUGAUUUCCGUAGCUCAAGUGGAGCCUAAUCCGGUGUGCUGCCACCCGCUUACAUUGGGCUUGAGCGGAUUGCUGUCAGCAUGGACUGGCUGGUACCGUUUGUGGCCCGCCAAGUAG